UAUUUUUGUAGCUUCCUCUUCUAACCUACGAACAGAAGUACCAUCAGAGGGAGGGAGAAAGUGAAAAAGGGGAAGGGUGGUUGAGUGAUUAUGUGCUAAGGAGGUGCAUGUGUGUGAGUGGAGAGGUACGCCACUCUCUCUCUUUACUUUAAGAGCUUUACCACUUCAGCCAACAUCCUGAAGCGGGCCACUCUCCACUCCACCCCCUCCUCUCCCCUCUCCUCCAGACCAACGCGUGGACUCAAGCAGCUUGAAGAGAAGGCAGUGAGGAUUGAGGAAGUCAACUUUUCAAAAGAGAGAUAAAUGGUGAGAGGGAAGUCAGCUGUUGGUUUCCUGGACUAAAGUGUUGAGAGUUACAAUAGGAGGCAAUCCCUUUUUCCUGUGUGUGUUUUCUUUCCGCCUUCACGAGGACCAGCGGGAGCAGAAACUGGGAAACACAAGACUUCUGGAUGCAACAGCAAAGACUAGGACCAGCCAAAAGAGCAGAAGAGAAAGUGAUAAAACAGAGACAGGAGCAGCGGGAGUUGGACUGAGAAGACAGGAGGAAGAAAGAGUCAAAGUCUUGAGGGACACUUUAACAAGUCACAGAAAAGACAUAGCAGAUAUAGAGGACCAAAGGUGCAACUCACCUGACUCCCAUCUCUGCUCUGCCAGGAGAAGCAACCUCCUUCUUCCCCUCCAACCCUCCCCUUUCCAUCUCCUCUGACAUGGGCCGCCUGCUGGUCCUGACCCUUGCCUAUCUGGCCUCCCGGCUGGCCACCGUGAUCGGCUCAGAACGCCAACAGCACCACGUGCAGCACGGCCCCUGCAGCUACACCUUCAUCCUCCCCGAGGUGGAGCACUGCCACCCCUUACAGGACUUCCAGGUCACCAACACCCUCCAGAGGGACUCCCCGCCUGAGGCAGAGCCUGAUACAGGCCAACCCAAGACGAGUAAGGCCCAGAAGGAGAGGUCUUUCUGGCAGGAGAGGAAGCUGGAAAAUCUAGAGAGUGCCAUGGAGAAUAACACCCAAUGGCUGCAAAAGCUGGAGCACUUCAUCCACGAGAAUGUGCGUUCUGGGAUGGAGGAAAUGAAAAGAACUGCGGUACACACCCAGACAGCUGCCAUGCUGGAAAUGGGAACCAACCUCCUCAGCCAAUCAGCGGAGCAGACUCGCAAACUGACAGACGUUGAGACCCAGGUGUUAAACCAGACGAGUCGCCUGGAGAUCCAGCUGCUCGAGUACACGCUCUUCACUAACCGGCUGGAGAAACAUAUUCUUCUGCAGACUCAGGAGAUCUCACGCCUCAGUGAUAAAAACAGUUUUCUGGAACAGAGGCUAUUAGCGCUGGAGGCUCGGUAUGGGAGGGAGCUGCAGGGAUUGCAGAGCGAAAAGCAGCAGCUUCAAGAGCUUCUGGAGAGGCAGAGUCGACUGGUCAGUCAGUUCCAGGGUGAACUGGGCAGCUCCACGCUUAACAGCACCUCACUACAUAGACAGCAGGCCGCGCUCACAGACACCGUUCAGCAGCUGCUGGCCUUGGUCAACCACUGCAAUGAUAUCUCCAAUAUGCCCAAGGAGGAGCCGCUUAGUUUCAGGGACUGUGCGGACAUCCUGCGAUCUGGAGUGACAGCAAGUGGAAUAUAUAGCAUACGCCUCCCUAAUUCCACGCAGACUGUCAAGGUGUUCUGUGACAUGAAGACUAGAGGUGGUGGGUGGACGGUGCUGCAGCAUCGGAGAAACGGCUCCGUUAACUUUCAUCGUGGGUGGAGAGACUACAAAAUGGGCUUUGGAGAGCCGUCUGGGGAACACUGGCUAGGGAAUGAUAUCAUCCACAAGCUGACCAGCUCCCAGGAAUACAGCCUGCACGUCCAGCUAAAAGACAGAGAGGGGAACGAAGCUUUCUCACAUUACGAUCGCUUCUACACAGACGGAGAGGACAACAACUACAGCCUUCAUGCCGAGGGCUUCAGUGGCACUGCUGGACGGAUCAGCAGCCUCACCCACACCGGCACCCAGUUCAGCACCAAGGACAGAGACAACGACCGCUGCACCUGCAAGUGUGCCCAGCUCGCAUCUGGAGGUUGGUGGUUCGAGGCUUGCGGCCCAUCCAACCUGAAUGGCAUCUAUUACCCCAGCUCAUCCAGUGUGGUUCGCUACAACGGCAUUAAGUGGUACUAUUGGAAGGGUCCAAAUCUGAUGGCAACCACGACAACCAUGAUGGUGCGCCCGGCAAACUUCUGACGUCAGUGGCUCUUUCAUGAUGUCAGACUAUAAAGUGAAUGUCGCCUCUGAUGAAUAUAAUGAACAAUACCUAGGAAAUGGUUUAUUUUGGGAGGAAAUUUGAAUCCGACAGAUGGUGGUUUGAGUUUCUGGACAUCUUGGAGGGGGGGCAUUCGCAAUUGCCUGAGAAGAUGUGCCGACAUCUAUCACUUAUCAAAUGACUGGUUUUAGUGAAUAACUGAGUGAGAAAUUCAGCCAACAAUAGCUAUUCACAAAAGGUGGUCAGACUGUAUUUUAAUACAGAUUGUUCAACUGAGAGAGGAAUGGGGUAUCAGCUUUGCUACAGAUGACGUAUAUUGUGUUUGUGUUUGCUGUAAAUAAAUAUGACCAAUAAUUCACAGCCUUGUACAUAGUUUACAAAAAGUCAACUGAUUAAAAAAAAUAUAUACUCUA